UUAAAGAAAAAGAAAAGAGUAGGGGGUAGCGUUCUGAAAUCCCGACUUGCGGGCGUGUGUGACAUUUUGAUGUAAAGUGUCUUUUAUGAUUUUCGUUAUGUAUCGAUUGAAUACGUAGAUAUUUCUGAUAAAUGGGAUUUACUAAAAAUAGUUCUACAAACUCUGUAUAAGAUAGGAAGAUAUGGAUGUAGUAGUGAUACAGGUCCUUGAACAAGCUGGUAAUCAAGAUCCCAAUAUUUUUAAACCAGCUGAACAAACGUUAAAACAAUGGGAAACCGAAAGAGGAUUUUAUACUACAUUAUAUAAUGUAUUUUCUAAUCAUUCCUUGAAUGUUAAUAUCAGAUGGAUGGCAAUUUUAUGUUUUAAAAAUGGUGUCGAUAGGUAUUGGAGGAAAAAUGCACCAAAUGCAAUUGCGGAAGAUGAAAAAGAAUUUCUUAGACAACGUUUAAUAGAAAAUUUUGAAGAACCUGUAAAUCAAUUAGCUGUGCAAUUGGCAGCUCUUAUCGCUAAAAUUGCAAGAUAUGACUGCCCUAGAGAAUGGGGUACAUUAAUUCCAAGAUUAUUAGAUGUCAUAAGGGAACAAAAUCCCUUAGCACAACAUCGAGCAUUAUUAACAUUACAUCACGUUAUUAAGUCAUUAGCCUCUAAAUGUUUACUCGGAGACAAGAAACUCUUCCAAGAAUUAACUGUUAAUAUGUUCAAUUUUAUUUUGAAUUUAUGGAAUACAUAUACUGAAUCUUUUCUUAUAUUGGCAUCGAAUGAAGCAGAUACAAGGCAGAUACAAGAAGCUUUAGAAAAGGCAUUACUAUUAUUAAAAAUACUUAGGAAACUUGUUAUAAAUGGAUUCAGUUCACCUGCAGAAUCUCAAGAUGCUAUGUUGUUCCUAGGAAUUGUUUUUGACCGUGCAAGGACCUGCAUUGAAUGUAGGAAAACAUUAAUUUCAAGAGGUAUACAAAUGGAAGUAUGCGAUAAAUUUAUAAUUCAUUUAACCAAAGUAUUGUUAGGAGUAUUAGAGAUACAUCCAUAUUCCUAUAUCGAGUUGAUACCAAAAUCUUUAGAAUUUUCUGUUUUUUAUUGUUUUACUGAAGCUGGUCAAGCUUUAACAUUUGAAAGAUUCCUUAUACAAUGUUUGAAUCUAAUGAAAGGCAUUCUAUCAUCAACAUGCAACAAGCCACUUAAAAUUAUGGAAGAAACACUGAGAAGGCCGGUAAAGCAGUUGAGAGAAGAAUUUUUUACGCCUGAAACAUUAACUGAAAUUUGUUCAAGACUUGUAACGCAUUAUUUUCUUUUAACUCCUGCUAAUUUGGAAUUGUGGGAUACAGAUCCAGAGAAUUUUGUUGUUGACGAUGGUGGUGAAUCAUGGAAGUACAAUUUAAGGUCUUGCACGGAGUCCUUGUUUGUAACAAUUUUCCAUGGCUUUAGAGAUGUUCUUGUGUCAGUUUUAGUCGAGUUGAUGCAAAGACAUCACCAACCUGUAGAUCCAAAUGAUUUGCACGCCAUUCUUUUAAAAGAUGCAGUAUAUAAUGCAGUUGGUUUGGCUGCUUUUGAUUUAUAUGACGAGGUAAAUUUUGAUCAGUGGUUUUCAACAACUUUAAAAGAAGAAUUGAAAAUUCAAAGUAACAAUUACAGAAUUAUUAGAAGACGUAUAUGUUGGCUUAUUGGUCGGUGGACAAACGUAAAAUUAAGCGCAGAACUUAGACCAGAGGUAUAUAAACUUAUGUUAGAAGUUUUAAGCCCUAAGGAAGAUUUAGGUGUCCGUUUAGUAGCAAGUGAAACAUUAAAACUUGUAAUAGACGAUUUUCAAUUCAAUCCAGAAGAAUUCUCACCUUAUUUCGGGACAGCAUUUUCUUUAUUAUUCUCUCUUUUGAAGGAAGUGAAAGAAUGUGAAAAUAAAAUGCACGUUUUAUAUGUGUUAUCUUUCAUGAUUGAACAUGCUGGUAAUGAAUUAAAUCCCCAUAUUGGAGCUCUUAGUUCAUAUCUACCAACUCUUUGGCAGCAAUCCGAAGAACAUAAUAUGUUAAGAUGUGCUAUAAUUUCAACGCUUAUAUAUUUAGAGAAGGCGUUAGGUCCUGAAAGUCUACAACCUCUAGUAGUUGAUGUUGUUGCGUUAAGUUGUGAUGUUACUCAGGAGAGCCAUGUUUAUUUGCUAGAAGAUGGGUUACGGUUAUGGUUAGCUCUAUUGGAAAAUACACCUGUCUCAACACCAGCUAUAAUGGAUUUGAGUAAAAAUUUGCCUGCUUUAUUAGAACAAUCAUUUGAAAAUUUUGAUUUAUGUUCGCACAUAGUCCAAGCAUAUGUAAUAUUAGAUCCUCAAGAAUUUUUAAGACAAAGGGGAGCAAUUAUAAUUGAAACGUUUAGAUCACUUUUAGGAGAUAUGGGAACCGAUGAAAUAUUCACGACUAUGACUGUAUUUGAAACAUGUUUGUGUGCUUUACAUCGCCAAGGUGCAGAACUAAUAAAGCCCGUUUUAAUACAUGUAUUCGAGAACGUGUAUAACGGUGAAGACCCUGAUAAAAGUUUAAAAUCGAUAAUAAUGUAUCUAUCUAUUAUGGCAAGAAUUUUAUGGCUUUAUAAAGAUAUUUUUAUACAGGUAAUAAAUGAAUUGACCAAAAAAAUGGGUGGAAAUGAAACGACAGAAACAGUUGUACUCGGACAAAUAAUACGUGUGUGGGUUACGAAUAUGCCAUGUGUUUUUCUUCCGGAAAGACGUAAAUUGUUAGCUCUUGCACUUUGUUCGCUUCUUGGAGCUAAUAGUCCACCUAGCGUUCUCCAGAAUUUUCCGCUAAUAAUAUCUAAUAUUGUUGAAACUCUUAAUGACAUGACUGAAAUUGAUAAUGAUGUUUACAAUAUCCAAAAUGCCAUUGAUUGUUUAUCGAUUGCCGGAAAACGUAGCCCGUCAUCUUCAUACGAGGACGAAGACCAUGGGAAUAAACACGAGCAGCGUCAAAGAAGACUUGAUUUUAGCGACCCUUUAACCCGUGCAUCUUUAAGAGCUACGUUGGAAAAUCAGUUACUUACACUACGCAGCUUAGUUGGGGUUAAUCAGUUCGAGCAAUUAAUGUCAACUAUUAAUCCUGAAAUUAAUGAAGAACUUAAACGUUUCGUAUCUCUGUGAGACCAGAGUAAGUCAAGUUGAAAAAGGAAAAAAGAAAUAAUAAAACAUUAAGUCAAGCGCGGUAUUACAUGUAAAAAAAGCUUUACGACGCUCUAUUGUAAAACGGCACUAUUUUAUUGUAUAAUACUAGCUGUUUCACUGUACUAAUAAUGUUGAUAAUAAAAAAGUCUCAUGUCAUUUCAAA